AUGGAAAUGGAAAUGAAGCGAAAUAGAGGCGGAAAUGGCGGUGCCGAGAUAGCAAGCAAAAGCCCAACAAACGGAGUCCGAUUUCCGACAGACCUUGUGAUUGUAACUUUCGAGCAAGCAGACCGUGUUGUGUUAUUCGUCGAGCGCCAGUGCGACUAUUCGACACAGGUUGGAAGUUUGAAAAUGGAACAAGAGAAAAAGAUCGUCAGAUUGAAGGAGGUCAAGGACCGGAAGGUCCAAGGGGAGAAGGUGACCGUGGAAAGAACAGAAACCAUGGCAAGCGGAAAGAGCGAACCCGAGAGAGAAACGAAGCAACGGAGAUAUGGGGGAGUAGGCAAUUGA